GGGCCCCUUUUCCAGUCUGAGCCCAGGGCCCCCACUGCCUCAUAAUCCGUCCCAGGUCCCAUCACUGAGCGGGGACUGUUGACAGGUCACGUGUGGACCUCAGCGCUCCCACGCGGGCUCAUCCAUUAUCCACGCUCCCGCUCCACGUCUCGCGCACGGCGUCCUCUCAUUGGCCGGUUGUUCGGCGGACCCCGGAGCUGCAGGGUCGCUCUCCUCGGUGCUGAAAUCGCUGCUUCUCCUCGAAGACAAUGUGAACGACGAUGAGGCGGAAAGGAGCGUCACGCCAAUGCACACAAACAUGGACGAUGAUCUGUUCCAACUGAGACAGCUGCCUGUUGUCCGCUUCCGACGCACAGGUGAGAGCACGCGCUCCGAGGAUGAUGGCGAGAACAGAGAGCAGGUUAUCAGGAUUGCUGCAGAGCAUACUGACCUGGAGUCCGUGGCUCUCACAGAUGGAGCUCCGGUACCCCGGGAGUUUGCCAACCCCACUGAUGACACGUUCAUGGUUGAAGAUGCCGUAGAGGCCAUAGGCUUUGGGACAUUUCAGUGGAAGCUCUCCAUCCUCACUGGUUUGUCCUGGAUGGCAGAUGCCAUGGAGAUGAUGAUCCUGAGCAUCUUAGCCCCACAGCUUCACUGUGAAUGGAGACUGCCCAGCCUCGAGGUGGCACUGCUCACGUCGGCCGUGUUUAUUGGGAUGAUGAUCAGCUCCUCUCUUUGGGGAAACAUCGCUGACAGAUACGGCAGGAAGACGGGUCUGAAGAUGAGCGUGUUGUGGACCAUGUUCUAUGGCGUGAUGAGUGCGUUUGCACCCGUUUACGGCUGGAUCCUUGUCCUCCGUGCACUGGUGGGCUUUGGCAUAGGAGGAGCUCCACAGUCGGUGACACUGUAUGCUGAAUUUCUCCCAAUGAAGUCUAGAGCCACGUGUAUCCUGCUGAUUGAGAUAUUUUGGGCCUUGGGCACCGUGUUUGAGGUCCUCUUAGCGAUCCUGGUGAUGCCCACUCUGGGCUGGCGAUGGCUGCUCGGCCUUUCUACCAUACCUCUCUUCAUCUUUUCCAUCCUGUGUUUCUGGCUUCCAGAGAGCGCGCGAUACGACGUGCUGACAGGAAACCAGGAAAAAGCUCUGGCCACGCUGAAGCGCAUUGCCGCAGAGAAUGGAGCACCAAUGCCACUGGGAAAACUAGUCGCUGCCAGACAGGAGGAACGUGGAAAGAUUCAAGACUUAUUUUCAUCAAAAUUUCGCUGGACCACCGUCCUGCUGUGGUUUAUCUGGUUUGCAAACGCCUUCUCCUACUAUGGACUGGUGCUUCUGACCACUGAGCUGUUUCAGGAGGGAGGUGUAUGUGGAAUGUCCAAAGGCAAUAAGAUGGAGCCCCCUUGCAGCUUGGAGUGUAAAUAUCUGAACUCUGACGACUAUAAAGAUCUACUAUGGACAACGCUGUCUGAAUUCCCAGGACUGCUGGUGACACUGUGGGCUAUUGAUCGACUGGGAAGGAGGAAGACUAUGGCGCUGUGUUUCUUUGUCUUCUCGAUGUGUAUCAUUCCACUCUAUGGCUGUGUUGGGAGAACGUCCAUGACCGUGUUAAUAUUCAUCGCCAGAGCCUUCAUCGCAGGAGGGUUCCAGGCGGCGUAUGUGUACACUCCCGAGGUUUACCCAACAGCAACCAGGGCCUUGGGCCUGGGAACAAGCAGUGGAAUGGCCAGAGUUGGUGCACUCAUUACACCGUUUGUUGCACAGGUGAUGCUUGAGUCCUCCAUAUACCUGGCUCUGUCCGUGUACUGCUGCUGCUGCCUGCUGGCCGCCAUCGCCUCAUGUGCACUGCCAAUUGAGACGACAGGCCGGGGCCUGCAGGAGUCCAGCCAUCGGGAAUGGGGCCAAGAGAUGAUGGGCCGGGCCUCCUCCCACAGCUCAGAAGGAAUCCCUCACUCUGGCUCCCAGGGCUGA